UCGCGUCUUUUCUCUCUCUUUUUGACGUGCUCUUAGCAUAUUAGCGCUCCAAAAUGACCAUUCGCCCAGCAUAUCGGCCCAAUAUCGUUAAGAAGCGCUCCAAGCACUUCAUCCGUCACCAGUCGGAUCGUUAUGCCAAGUUGUCGCACAAAUGGCGCAAGCCUAAGGGUAUUGACAACAGAGUGCGUCGUCGUUUCAAGGGCCAAUACUUGAUGCCAAACAUUGGUUACGGUUCCAACAAGCGCACCCGUCACAUGCUGCCCACGGGCUUCAAGAAAUUCCUGGUCCACAACGUUAAGGAGUUGGAGGUGCUGCUGAUGCAGAAUCGCGUCUACUGUGCCGAGAUUGCGCACGCCGUCUCCUCGAAGAAGCGUAAGGAGAUUGUUGAGCGCGCCAAGCAAUUGUCCGUGCGUGUGACAAAUCCCAACGGUCGUCUGCGUUCCCAGGAGAACGAAUAAGCUUAAGUUUGAAAUUCGUUUUAUUCGAGUUUUUAUAACGUCGUCGGAAUACAAAUUUGAAACGUUAAAAGUGAACAAAA